AAUCAGAAAUCAAAGAGAUAUAUCCGUCCAAUCGCGCUAUACAUGGGCAACAUCACUUCCUGGUUAAGUCCCCAUGCUUGUUUUGUGCUUCUCUUGGGCUCAGUCUCUGCACGUUUUCCCCAAUUACUGCCAUUUGCUUCGUGAGAAGAGAGUGCAGCAUACGAAUGUAUGCAAUAACAAAGGCUGUAGGUCAUCAACAAUAGCAAGAUAAAGCCGAGUAAGGGUUUACAUCAUGGCCAAAGACAACUCUCUGAAGCAAGAAACACUUCCCCCAAAAAGGAAAAAGUUGAGUUCAGAUGCCAUUGAGGUUCAUCAGGAAGAAAUAAUGGAUGUUAAAGUGAAAAAGAAAAGGAAAAAGGUGGGAGUAGAGGAGGCUCCAGCACAGAUUCCUCCUGUGAAAAUCGCACCGGAGGGUAAAAAACAGAAAAAGGAAAAGAAAAGAAAAACCAAACACACAACAGAGGAAACAGAGAUUUUAGAUCCACCCAAUCUACCAAAGGAGGCACAUGUGCUGGAGGGAGAGGAGGACCUGAGCCCAGAGGAGAGGCGGGUCCUGGAGAGGAAAAUGAAGAAGAUCCUGAAAAAGGAGCAGAAGAAGAAGCUGAAAGCGGAGGGAGGGAGCCAGGAGAAAACUGAAGUGUCUGGACCCAGUGCAACUCAGCAGGCCUUGGAUUACCUCACAUGCUGGGCUGAAAACCGCGGCGAAUGGAAGUUCCAGAAAACCCGGCAGACGUGGUUACUGCAGCACAUGUUUGACUCAGAAAAGAUUCCAGAUGAAACGUUUUCCUUGCUGCUGCAGUACCUGGAGGGGCUACAGGGAGGAGCAAGAGAAACCACAGCACAGAAAGCCAUAGCUGUUAUUGAAGAGUCGGGACAAGCACCAGAAGACAAAACUGUCCAGCAGAGGGCGCACCGAGCCAGAGAGGUUGUCCAGCUGAUUACCUGAACACACCACCACCAUAGCAAGACAUGAAAUUCACCAGAAAAAGACUGAAACAAGUUGGUUGAUCAGUGGACUGGAUGAAUGGCCUGAUCUUAAACUAGGACUAAUCCUUUUUUUUAUGUAGUUUCUUGGGAAGAUGCUUGAGGAAAAAACAAGUUUUGAUUAAAUUACAAACAAUACUCCUGUU